UCUUUACAAAAUUAAAAAUGAGAUUUUCUUUGUUUUCCUUUGUCGUCAUAAGGAAUAUUUUUCUUUGAAAUACUAGAAAAAACAUUCGUUUUCAGAGCGAAUUUUGCAGAUGGAAAGAAACAUGACGGGCUGAAAUAGAUGACUCUAUUUCUGAAACAUCCAGGUCGAUUUCUGUUUCAAAUACAAACGCAGGAUUUUUCUAUAUCCGUUUUUGUUUUGUUCUGUUUCGCUUGUACAUCGGUGAAGCUUGAAAACUAUUUGCGUUUCUUUUCUACAACAUUAGAUAUCCGUUACCUGAUGUUCCAACGGAAUGGAAUGAUGACGAAAGUGAAUGGGAUGAUGAAAAUGAAGAUACAUCAGAAGAUCUACUUGACGAAGACGAUCAAUUGGCAACCGUGACUAAUGGCGAUCUCAACGAAGAAGAACGGUGUUUAUUGAAUAUGCAAGUGAACGAGGAUGAAGUUGAUUUGGUCGAUGAUGGAAGCAUGAACGAUUCACUUGUUUUAUCGCUUCUCGGUCCUGCCGUUACGGCAUCAACUGUUACACAAGAUCCAGACGAUUUGUAUAAUUUGCUGAUCAAUGUCAAUGAUCUACUUAUUCGUGUUCGUAAACUUAUCAAAUACAUUCGACGGUCAAGUCUUAUAGAUUCUUAUCUAUGUGAGCAAAUGGCUGCUAUUGAUAGAGUCAAAGGACUUGUUUGCGACUUUCAUGUGAGAUGGAACAGUACAUCAUUGAUGAUUAAACGUUUUCUUAUGCACAAAGAUGCAAUCAUGAAAAUUGUCUCCUCACCCGAACGUAUUGCUGGUCUUCUCCAGGAACAGAAGAUUACGUUAAAGAGUUUCGCUAUUUCUCCCUUGGAUUGGGAAUUGCUCGAAGCACUUCAUAUCGCACUGGAACCGUUCGUUUUCGCUACUCAGAUCCUGUCAGGUCGUCUUUAUCCUACUAUUGGCAUUGGUCAUUUUGUUUAUCGAACACUUGAACAUUUUCUCGAAGAGAAAGAUUGCUGCAUUCUUGGAACCAUCUGUCAUUAUUCGUUUAUGUAUAUUGUAUUUAAUAUGAUUCAAAGACGAGAUGCAUGUCAACAAGCUCGGCUAAUUGUAUCAAGGCCAUAUUUUAAAGAUUAUGCAAGCCAGAUUCAGUCAUUAACAACCAAAGAUCUACGAGUGGCAUUAACAAGUAUCGUAAGUAAAACCUAUUCAUCAAAAGCUAAUCCAUGUUUAGACAUACUACUAAAACAAGUCAAAGCUGUUGCCGGUCAUGUUAUGGGUUCAGAUCACUCCCGUGCUGAAUUAAGAAUCGAAAUACAUUCGUUAAUAUACAAACUAGGUCUACCAAGUAUAUUUAUAACAAUAAAUCCAGCUGAUAUACACAGUCCUAUGGCUAUGUAUUUUGCUGGUGUUAACAUGGAUAUUGAUGAAAUACUAUCGAAUAAUUUCCCAUUAACUGUUCGAAAACGAGCACAACUUAUUGCAUCACAUUCUGCAGCAACGGCCAAAUUUUUUAAUCGUUUAAUUCAAACAGUCAUUGCCACAAUGAUUAGCGGUGAAGGUGUACUUGGUUCGACAAAAGCUUAUUAUGGUACAGUUGAAAGUUCUAAUCGUGGUUCUUUACACUUACAUAUGUUGAUAUGGUUGGAUCACGAGUAUGCGCCAGCAGACGAGAAACAAAUGAUUAAAGAUAAAGAAUUUAGAAAGAAUUUAAUUGAAUACUUAGAAGAUAUUAUUAAAGAAGAUCUUGACCAGUUUCAAACUAAACUAAGCCCAGCUUGUUUAUUAACACCAAAUCCAUCUGCUCCAAAUUUCGAUGACUUAUUGAAGAAAGAUGCUGUGAGACUGGUCCAAGAAGGCAACAUUCACAAACAUACCGAUACAUGCUGGAAGUAUUCAAAGUCGGACGAAUGUCAAACAUGUCGAAUGAGAAUGCCAAGGAAAAUUAUUAAACAGUCAAACAUUAAUGUCGACACAGGUGUGAUAGAAAUGAGACGAAACCAUCCUUGGAUUAACAAUUUUAAUGAAUGGCUCAUGACAGCAAUUCGAUGUAAUAUGGAUAUCAAGUAUAUAUGGUCAGCAUCAGAUGCUAAAGCUCUAGUGUACUACAUAACAGACUACGUAACAAAAUCAAGCUUAUCAUUUUAUGACACCUAUGCAUUGAUGUUAAAAGGCCUGAAAUCCAUCGAAAAUAGCGAUAUAAGAACAACAGACGUUCAAGAAAGAUUGCGGCGUUUGGUUCUUCGAUGUUAUAAUACCAUCGCUAGUCAGCAAGAAUUAUCCGGUCCACAGGUGGCUUCAUACCUCAUGGGAUGGCCGGAUCACUAUACAAACGAAAAAUUCGUUAAGUUGUUUCUGAUUGGCAUUGAAUGUCAUCUACAAUUAUGUCUAGAUGAACUUAAAUCCAAGAAUAAUUUACAACUGGCUACAACUGAUACUGAUGAAGAGCUAGCAAUUGUAGAAAUUGAUGAUGCUGGAAAUAAAGUUGAUAUUGAAAAGGAAGAAGAACAAUUUAUCCUUGAGCGCACAAAUGAUAAAACUACGUUUGCACUAGCAAAUACACUAAUCGAUUAUCAAUAUCGGCCGAUUACGAUUGAAAAUGUUUGUCUUUACGACUUUGUUAGUGAAUACUAUCGAGAACGUAUGAAAUUCAAACACAGGGAAUAUUCAAAACAAGCCCACCAAGAAUCACCGCCUGGCGCUGGGAGAGGACGUCCACGAAGCGAACGACUGACAUUUACAAGUGAUCAUCCGCUACAUUUAUCACAUUUAUUAAUGAAACGAACAAAGAAUGUUCCAAUUCCAGUACUUGUUGGACCACAAAUACCGAGACAGAAAAAGUUGGAAGAUUUAUGCUCUGUUAAUCAAACAUGGGAUGAAGCAUUUCGAUUAUACGAAGAUAGCGUUUUGGAUUCAGCACAAACAAUCAUCGAUAAUAUUGAACUAUUGCAUGAAUGCAAAGAAAAGCGUGAUGCACAUUUACUACAAAUACUGGAACAAAGUGAAAGCGAAGGUGAUAUUGAUUUAAAUUUUGUCCCACAAAGAAAACUUAGAGCAAAUGAUGACAGUGAUACAGAUGAUGUCGAGCUUCUUGAGUUAUUACAAUCAUUUGAUUCUGUGGAUAUACCAUCAAUGUUAACAAGUGAAGAACAAGAACAGCUUCUGACGUGCAUACCGGGCACUGGUGGUACUGGUAAAUCUCAUUUAAUCCAAGCAAUAACAACAUAUUUUAAAUUAACAAAUCGAGAACGAGCGUUAAGGAAACUAGCUCCAACAGCUGUAGCUGCCAGUAACAUUGACGGCCAAACAAUUCACUCAUUUCUGGUACCGGUUCAAGGUGUGCACGAAAGUGUGAGACCGGGUGAAAGUAAAGCAGAAAGAGAAUGGCAAGAUGUUGAAUAUGUA